AUGGGCAACCCCACCCCCGCACCUGCCUGUACACUCCACCGCGGCUACGGUGGUGUUGCUGCGCUGCUGCAGCAGCUGCAAGGCAGCAGCAGAUGCGUGCAGGCCGAAGCUCUCGUCGCUCUAGACUCCUUCUUUAAGGAGGCGGAGCAGUGUGUUGCAGCAUACAAAGCCGGCAUCGUGCCGCUGCUGAUUCAAUUUGCUGCUGGUAGGGCGCAGCCCCUGAGGCGGCUAGCUGUGAAGGCCCUGGCGAGGUUCGCUGCACAUGACGGGCCGCGUCGUUUGCUGCUGCUGCCUCCUGCGGAGCAGCAGCACCAGCAGCUGCUGCUGCUGCUGCAGCAGCAGCAGACUGUUCGUUUGUAUUUGAAUCAGCCUGGCCUAUCGAAGGAACGGCAGCAGAAGCUGCAGCAGCAGCAGCAGCUGCUGCAGCAGAAGCAGCAGCAGCUGCUGCUGCAGCCGCAGCAGGAGCUGCUGCUGCCGCUGCUGCCGCUGCUCGAAGACAAAGACACCGACACCCGCAUGGCCUUCAUUCAGCUCGCCCUGCAUAUUGCUGCAAGGAGAGAAGGCGCUGAGUUUCUUAUUGUGAAGGGGCUGCUGCAGUCUGUGCUGCAGCGGCUGCUGCCGCCUGAGGCCGUCAGCCAGACGUAUGUGUCUCUGCUUAUAGAGGAGCUGCAGCAGAAGUGGGAGGAGCAGCAGCAGAAGCAGCAGCAGCAGCAUCCGCAGCAGCAGCUGCUGCUGCAGCUUGCGCAGGCGCAAGCCAAUAAGGAGGCUACACAGCAGCAGCAGCAGCAACUGAUAGACGGACAACAAACGCAGAAGCAGCAACUGCAGCAGCAGCAACCGCAGCAGCAGCAGCAGCAGCAGCAGCAGCAGCAGCAGCAGCAGCACAGCAGCAGCAGCAACUGA